AUGCACAAAAAUCCCCUAACUGCAAAUCGCUUACUUGACCGAAUCAGCGAAGCCCGUUCAAAGGCGAUGCAUCUUACAAACAUAAAAAGAGUAAAGCCAAGAGUAAACACAAAAUCUCCCAAAAGAUACACCCAUUAUAGCUUUAAUCCUAAAGGAGAUAGGCUUAGGGAAGGUAAGAAAUUAUAUAGAAAGAUGCACAGAAAUUGAAAGGGAAAACAGAAUUCUCCUGGAGAAGAUGUCUGUAAUCGCAUCAUCAACGAGAAGGUCUAAAAGUGUUACAAAUAUAAGAUAUAAAAAAAGCUUGAAUGAUGGACAAAGAAAGAAAAAAUUGGUGCAAAUAACUAUAGAAAAUUAUGCUUUGCUUAAAAGAAUACAUAUACAUUAAAUUUGCGUGGCGAACCAACCCACCCUCUUAACACUUGCAGUUGCGGAGACCCAGGAACCUUGAGGAAUAGAGGAUAGCGCUCGGCGAUGUAUAUCCGGCCAUGCUUUACUUGUUUGGGUGGAGCACAAUGUCAGAUUACGCUGACUGUAGCUCAUUACCGGAUCAAGGUUUUACCUCUUGGUGGAGAUGGGUUUGGCGUUGGAAAGGAAAGCCAACAAAGUUUAGGUAACCAAUCGGGUGUUGAUUCUGGGAGACAAAAUUAAUCUUGGUCGACAGCUUGGCUAGAAAAAUCAUUUUUUGAAUUUUCUGGAAGGGUAGACCAAGUCUGAUACAUGGAACGGUGAUCCAAACCACUUCACUCGCUAUUAGACAUGAACCUCAGGAGACGAGGAGUUUACACCUAGAAGGUGGGGGCAGGCGGCCUAACAACGAAGCAAGGCUGAGAAGCACUUGCAAGUGUUACGGGAGCUUUUCAAUAAUAAGUUAACUAACUAGCUUAAAAGAAUGCAAGAGCAACAACCAACGUAUAGCACUUUAAAGUGGAGCCAGGAAAGAAAGGAAACAGAAAAGCAUUUAAGUAGGUUAAGCGAAAAUUCAAUUAAUUUUCGACGAACUAAUUCAAGACGAAGGUUAGCUUCUUCGUCAAGUCAAAGGUCAAAUCUCAGCAUGAAUCUUGGCGACAUCUUUAAAAGAAAUGACUCUCCCAAAGCAUUCACUGUUUGCAAAAAACUUUUACAUAUAAAUGACCGCUAUUAUAUAGGAGAAGUGUCUGCAAACUCUAGCUCCCCUCCUCUUUGUGAGUGAACAAAAAAUUUUAUUCACUCUUGGAAGGGGUUAAUUUUUUUUAUACACAAAUUUUUAGAAUUUUUUUAAAAAAUCCCAAUUUGCAAAGAUUGGAAACAAAUAUUUAUUUAAUUUGUAAAAUCUAUGUUUUAAAAUGCAAUUGUUUUAAUUAGCUAGAUAUUUCAUUAUAAAAGUAAUCACUUAUAUAUCAAAAUUUUUGGUUCGCUUACGGGGCUGGGUUCUUGGCAAAAAAUCGGGAUUUUUCUAACUGUUUGUUCGUUCAUAGAGGGGGAGUAAGUAAAUUCUACAUAGAUAUGUUUUUAUUUCUCUUUUUGACAAAGAAAAUCCUGAGAAAUACUCCUUAAAGCUUCAUACCUCCGAAGCUGCUUCCAUAAUGGAAAAUACAGAGGACUAUUCACUUCUCCUCUCAAAACUAAGUUUUGAUGGUACAGACUUAAUUCUUACUACCCCAUCCGUGAGCGAACAAAAUAAUUCGAAAAUCCUUAUUUUUUUGCCAAAAACCCAACCCGUGAGCGAACAAAAAAUUUUUGAUAUAAGUGAUUACCAUUAUAAUGAAAUAUCGAGCUAAUUCUGUUUAAUUUUAAACAACAUUUUAAAACAUAAAUUUAAUGAAUUAAAUAAAUAUUUGCUUUCGAAUAAUGAUUUUUUUAAAUUUUGGAAAAAAAAAUUACUAUAAAAUUUAUAAAAAAAAAUUAACCCCUCCGCGAUAUUUUUGUUAGCUCACGGAGGAGGAGUUAGAGAAAAUCCUAAAGAGCCUGCAUUUAUACAGUAA